GAUACCGUCUAAAGAUUUCAAUGAGUUUUAAGCAUUCAUUUUUCAAACACCAAAGAGAGAAUUAUAAAAUGACAUUGUCAGACUUUUACUUGAAAAAAAAUAUUGCAAAAUAUAACAUGAUUAUGAUUUUUUUUUUUUAAAUAAGUAAAUGCAGUAUUAUUACCGAUGGCUUUUCCCUCCACCUGUUGCGUUGUGUUUUUUAUUCGAAGUCAAGCAGCAGUGGUUGAAGUUGACAUGCGGCGCUUGUGAGCAGCGAAGGCACAAAGAAAAAAAUAAUACUUCGGAUCAAUCCGCAGGCUCAGCUUCCAAGCGCAGAAAAGAUUCAUUGUUUUGUUUUGUUUUUUUAAAUCGAGAUACUGGCAUAUCUACUGUGCCUCCCAAAAACACACACGCACACACGCACGCACGCACGCACGCACACGCACGCGCAAAAGAGAAGUGUAUCACGGCUGCGUUCCAUUGUGACGUUAACGCAUUUAAAUUGCGCGUCCCCCGACUAUUUAUGCCAGUGACAGGUAGCGGAAAAUGUUUCAUACCUGUCCGAGGUUGGCGUCCACCGAUGAGGGCGGAAACCUCCUCGCCCCAGGGCCACGCUGGCUCCUACAAGAUGCACUGCUUGGACAACGACAUCAACCAACACUUCCAGGAUGCCAUCGACGUCAUCCAGCAGCAUUCGGGUCAUCCCUACUACGACUCGGACUCCACGUACUGCGACCCUCUGGGCGCUCAGCACUGUCAGGUCUCCUACUGCCUGCUCUGCCCCCACCCUGACGUGCCGGCCCCCGUGUACGACUGGCACGACACCAGUGCGCAGCAGCAGCAGACGUGGUGUCACGUGUCGCCCGAAGUCUCCUCCAAACAAAGUGAACCCGCUCACUUGUACUCGUCCCAGCGCCUGGCGCCGCCACAGAGGAGCAACAGAGGUCGCAAGAAGCUGCGCCUGUACGAGUACCUCCACGAGGCCCUCCACGACCCCGACAUGGGCGACUCCAUCCAGUGGAGCGACAGCGAAAGCGGCACCUUCCACUUCGUGUCCAAGAACAAGGAGCGUCUGGCCGAGACUUGGGGCCAGCGCAAGGGCAACCGCAAGACCAUGACCUACCAGAAGAUGGCACGGGCACUGCGCAACUACAGUCGCACGGGCGAGAUCAUCAAGGUGCGACGCAAGCUCACCUACCAGUUCAACCCCGACGUCUUGCACAGGCUGGGCUCGGGGCGGGCGCCGCCCGGGACUCCGCCCAGCCCGGCCGCGCAAAGCUACUGCGCCCCGGCGACGCCCGACUGGCAGGGCUGGUACGGGCAGUGCCCGGCGCAAAACUACGAGCACGGCUUCAAUGCGCUUUAUUGAAGAAAUUCACAGACGUGAUGGCCUCGGCAUUUCUACUGUCUGCACAUGUAAACGGAGACGUUCAAAAAAGGGCCAAAUACUGGGCUACCUUGAGUUGAACUUCUUGUUUGCUAUCAAAUGAACUGAACCCAUUGAAAUGAAUUGAAAUGCCAUUAAUCCGCUCCAGCCCUCAAAACACCACCACUAUUUCUUUUGUCCCCUUUCUAGUAAAGAAAAACAGCACUGUAUUGUAAGAGGUGCAUAUAAAAUGCAAAGAAAUAAACUGGUUUUAUAAAGUGACAUGCGCCUUAUAAAGGGGGUGGCCUCGUUUCUUUAUCUUAUCCA